CAAGUGAUUCAAGUCAAAGAUCAGAUUAUCAUAUAAACCGGCGUUCUCUGCUGACAUCGUCAAGCUGAUCCCUCUGCGUUCGUGGGUGUCCUUUCGGGCCCCUUUCUCAGUCAAUCUGAUGUCGCCCAAUCGUGGGUGGCGCGGAAGACGGCAUUAUCAUAACGAAAACCAAGAUGAUCCCUACUACCGUGACAGAUACGGUGGCUCCAGCUAUAGCAGCUCGUACGAGCAGCCAUACGGAUACGACUAUCGCUCGAAUGGAUACUAUGCAGAUGCUCAACCAAGUCAGAGAUAUAACUACUGGCACGAUGGUGACCAGUAUCACGCCCAAAACUACUACCAUGAUCAGUCCUCCACCAACUACACUCGCAGUUCUUACAGAAGACAUCGGAACCGACGAAGCGACAGCCCGCAGAGAAAUUACCAUUCGCGUGCUCAACACGCUGAUUCGCCAACGCCAUAUAUGGCCUCGCCUUCGUUUCGUCGAAGAACACCUGAAUCGAAUCCCCUUGCUGCAUAUAUGAAAUCACCAGCACCAGCACCUCCCACACCACCUGCGGAGCCAGAUUCAGCAUAUAUGACGCUCUCGCUUGAGCCAUCACAUAUCGUUGACGAGCCUCGUGUCUCUCGAAAGCUUCUCGUGCUAGAUUUGAAUGGCACUCUACUCAUCCGAUCGCAACACUCACGCGCACGAGAUGCGUAUGGUGGCGUUCACACUAGCUCAGCACCGCGUCUUCGCGCAGUGCAGCCUCGUCCUUAUAUACCUGCAUUUCGUGCAUAUCUGUUUGCACCCGAGACUCGAGAAUGGCUUGACACCAUGGUCUGGUCUUCCGCACAACCCCACAGUGUGGCGGACAUGGUCGACAAAGUUUUUGGUAAUGCCAAAAGCAAGCUCGUCGCAGUCUGGGACCGUGGGAGCCUGGGACUUAGUAAGGAGGACUAUCACCGAAAAGCCCUGACGACCAAGGAUCUUAUGAAGCCCUGGGCAUUGCUUCCAUUAGGUGCCAGCACAGCAGAAAUCGCGGUACCAUUAGAAGCAGGUUAUGCCGCUGAACAAGCUGGGUUGGCUUCCUCGAUUGCACACUCUGCCUUGACCACCCUCCUCCUCGACGACUCCCCUCACAAGGCCCGUCUCCAACCAUACAAUCACGUCUGUAUACCCGAGUAUACCUCCUCAUUCAGGGCAAAAGACCUUCAACAGUUUCAGCACGAGAAAGCGACUCGAGUGCCCAAACAUAAGAAGCGGAAAAGAAAGACAAAUGAAUUUGUGCCGGACCAAAGCCAGUCGGCAGAGAUGGUAUUGCCCUCCUCAGACUUAGAUCCGACUGCAAUCAGUUCUACCUCCAUUCAUGUCGAGAAGUCUUUUAUUCCCGUUCCGUCUGCAGAAAGAGCACACAUAUCAUCUCAAUCAUGUGCUGAGCCCUAUGACCCCACCAUUCUUGCGGUCAUUGGUGUCCUGGACGAGAUUAGGAAGCAGAGCAGUGUUGCUGGGUGGAUUCGGGCCGGCGGUCUUUGGGAUAUUGUUCCAGUGCCUGAGGCUAAAGGAGAAUCUAUUGUCAUUCCACCAGCCUCAGACGCAAAUAUGGUCGAGGACCUGCAAUCGCCCACAGACACUCAGGAAGUGCAACCCCUCACGAAGAAAGAGCUUCGGGCAGCACAAAAACUUGCGGCAAAACAGCGAAAACGCGCAGAACAAGCAGCAUUGUCCGCCGGACAAUCCGUUCUCGUUACCGAAAAGGAAGUUAUUCCGACCGGAAAUGAUGAGUCUUCCAUGGCUGAUAUUCUGGUUGAGGAUGUUCCUCCUGCUGCACCGAGUCUUAGUGUCGAGAGUGUGGGAAUGUGGUUCAAUGAUGAGCAGACGUUGUCUUACUGGGUUCGGAGAGGGCGUCAGGCGCUCGACAGUUUGGGGAUUGAAGCGGAUCAUGGAGUAACCGGGUAGGCCGCGAUGCUAUUUAGUUCUAGUAGAAACUGCACUUGCUGCAUCUCAUCAUCAAAGUUGUUUUGAACUUCGCGAUUGUGUGAGCCGUAUUUCAUACUGUACUGUGCAUCUUACAAGCCUCUCACGUAUUUAACUUUCAUGAUCGAUAAUCUGUCCCAUGCGAACGAACAUCGAGCUCGUACUAGUACUAAUAUCGUAGUAGGAAGUGCACUGUUCUGACAGCCUCUUUAGCAUAGGCUCGGGACUAGCCUGUAGAGUACCGUGCUUGCUAAAUUUGAAAUAGGAUGAUACCA